CCCCCUGGUCGCCUAGCAACGGCGCUACACCUCGUAAUGGAGGCCGGCGGCGACCGGGAGCACCAGGCCAGGAGUUACUUGGAAAAACAUCGGAUUAUGCAGCUGCUGAACCACCUCACCAGCACUCUCCUCUUUUUCCAGCCGGAAAAACCAAGAGAUUAUUUAAUAGCUAUAUUGGAACGAUUGAGACUUGCCAAAGUAACAGGUGUGGCCUUUCCUUUCUUUAUGGAUAACUCUAACAUUGUGGCUAUGUUUGAGAUAAUGGACACCUCGGGUAAAGGCAGCAUAUCAUUUGUGCAGUACAAAGAAGCCCUAAAAACCUUGGGUCUGUGUACUGCAGAUGAAGUUUUAAAAGAUGAUGGUCAUUCAAUAACCUUGGAAAAAUUCAGGCAUGAAGUAUGUAUAUAUCCAGCUUCUCUACAAGCAUUUGCCAGAAAAUUUUAAAUAAGGAGAAACAAAGCUGCUGCUCCAAUUGAAGUAAACGGUCUCGUAUUGUAAGCAAUAAGGGACAAGCCGAACUGGACAAGGACAUGACUGCCUGCUCUGACUGAGAUGGCAAGGACAGCCACCUGAAAAAAAACAAAAACAGCAUAGCCUGAAGCAUAGUAACUUUUACUAUAAAAUUUUUAAUCACCGCAUAUUUUUAAAGAUAUAACUCAUUUUAAAUGUUGGGAAGUAUACUGUGUUUAAACAGUCUUGGUGUAUUUUGGAGAAGAAAAAAAGGUACAGGGCUAACAGAAAACAAAUGUACCUAUAUUUAACAUUUUAGCUCUCAAUCACUUACUUAUUUAAUAUGAGGAUGAUAGAUAAAAAUUUCAAGAAACCAAUCCCCCCAAAUUUUCAUAUGAUUUGUUGAUAAUGUAAUUAUAAAACAGUUAAAAUGUAAAAUGUAUUAGCAUUUAAGACAUCAGCUAAUAUUAUGCUCUAAUUUCCAGUAAAAACAAUGGGGAUUAAUAUCACUUCCAAACUGAUUUGGAAGUACUCUGUGGCACUGUGAUAGAACAGAUAGGCAUUGCCUGCUCUCAGGGAGCUCAUGAUCUGCUGGAAGUUUCAGAGGUGUCCACAGGCGGUUAUGGUACUGGAAUAAAUUGUAUGAUGCAAGCAUGCACAGAGUACAGUGGGAGCACCUUAUUUUGUAAAAUGGGUGAAAGGCUAAGUCAUUCAACCCCAGAUUACACAACAGCUCUCUAUAUUAACAAACACAUAUGAAGGUUAAAUUAUGAUCAAUUUAUUCUGAUUAAGAAGAUCUGAAAGAAUAAAUAUUUCCAUCAGAAACUGUUCAAAGUUUUUGGAGUACAAAAGGCCAAACCCUAUGCUAUCUAGACAUCUUAGAAAUCUGACUGCAUGUACCAGCUUUUAACUUUUACCAAACUGGAGUUAAGAGCUGACUUACAAGAAAAUAUAGAGGACUCACCUUUCUUUUUUAUACAAUUUUGCAGCAUCUUUAACUUCUCUAAAAACAUGGUCUACCUGACGGGCUAACAUGUCAUGCUUUAAGCGCUCUAAGAGGUUAAUCAUGUCAUCAAAGACCGAGCUCUCCAUAGAGGCUAGUUGUCCCAGCUGUAGUUUACUGAGAGUAUUACUCUCUGCAAAGACCUCUAAUGCUGCCUGUUGAAGCUGUAGAAAGAACUGGAAACAAAAACACACUAACAUGUAUAUUACUCCAUAUACCAUACAAUUCUCCCAUUCAAAGUAUACAAUUCAGUUGCUUUUUAAUAUAUUCACAGAGUUGUGUAACCAUCAUCACAGUCAAUUCUAGAACAUUUUCACUUACUCCAAAAGGAAACCCCACACCGCUUAGCUGUCAACCCCCAUGACCAGCACCACAACCCCUAUCCAGCCCUAGGCAACCACUCAUCUACUUUCUGUCUUAUGAAAGUUGACUUUCUUUUCUAUUGAUUAAAUACAUUAAAAUAUCAGGAUUACUUAGCCAUUUGGGAUUUCUGAUUGAAAAAAUGUGUACUUUAAUACCACCUCCUAAAUUUAGGCAAUACAUUUAAAGUUUUAAAAGGUAAAAUAGUAAGUUAAAAAAUAAAAAGGGUAAAAUAGUCCAAACUUCUAAUGUAUGAUUUAGUAUAAAAAUACAUUAACUUACAACAUUGUCAGCCCAAUCUGCUAGUACUGUUGCGAUGUAGUUAACAGCAUUAAGAAUUGCACAGUAUCGAAAGCCAAGGGAAGCUCUAGUCUCUUCUUUCAUCACCUGAGUUAAUCGUAUCCUAAAAUCAUCUACUAAGUCCUUCUGUAACUCCAGGAACUGCAGCUUUCGGGAAGCUGUGGGAAGGUUUUUGUACCUGUCUGUUAAAGAACGUUAAAAAGACAUGUGAAGAUUUUUGGUACCAUCCAUGAUGUAGUUAUAGGUUUUCCCCCACCGAACUGCUUCAGUGCCUUUGUUGAAAAUCAGUUGACCAUUCAAGUAUAGGUCUAUUUCUAAACUCUUUAAGGACAUGGGUUUCACAAAUAUAUGGAUUUGUCAAAACCCAAUGAACUGUACACUUAAGAACUGUGCAUUUCACUGUAUAUAAAUUAUACCUUAAUUUUUAAAAAAGGCAUAUGAGAAAUAUAUACAAUAAUGACACAGUUUCUUCAACAAAUAAAUACCAUUUUUAAAAAAAGGAAGAGGAAAUAUGAUAGAUUGAAAGAGAUACUUAAGAAUUUUUAGGUGAAAUAUAAUGUCUGAAAUUUUCUUUAAAAUAUGCUGGGGGGAAAAAGUCAAGGAGAAAAAUUUAUAACAGAAAAGGGAUAAUUGUUUCGAACUUGGGUAACAGGUACCUGAGUGUUUAUUAUAUUAUUCUCUGUACUUGGGGGUAUGUUUGAAAAUUUCCCUAAUAAAAAGUUCUUGAAAGACACAUGAGUGUCUUAAUUUUAAUUUUCUUGUGCUUUAGUGUUUUUCAUAUUUUUCUUGCAGUUAAGAAUGUGGAAUUAUUUACUGAUUUGGCCAGAAUGGCAUUUCUUCAAGUUACUCUGCAGGCCCAAGCAAUAGACAGGACAGGGAACAAUGGUGGCAAAAAAGGCCCAGUGGUUCCUGGAGAACCAGCAGGCCUGCAAUGGGGCAAUGCAGAUGGCUGCAGACAAC